AAGCAAAAUAGCACAGAUAUUGAUCUUAGCAUGAAUUAUCACUACAGGCUGGUUGGAGGCAGCUUGGCAAUCAAUAAUCCACAUAAGAAACAGGAUAUUGGAACAUACCAGUGUUUGGUCACAAAUUCAUUUGGAACGAUUCUGAGCAGGAAAGCAAAGCUUCAGUUUGCAUAUCUUGAAAACUUUGAAACUAAAGCAAGAAGCGCUGUAUCAGUCAGAAAGGGACAAGGAGUCAUUCUAUUCUGUGCAUCUCCACCACACUAUGGAGAUUUAUCAUUCACUUGGAUUUUCAACAAUAAUCCCUUAUAUGUUCAGGAAGAUGAUCGUCGGUUUGUCUCUCAAGAAACAGGAAAUCUAUAUAUUGCCAAAGUGGAAUCUUCUGAUGUGGGUAUCUACACUUGUGUAGUAUCAAAUGGAGAAAUAAAACAAAGUGUUCAGGGCCCACCUACACCACUUGUGCUUCGGAGUGAUGGUGUGAUGGGGGAAUAUGAGCCAAAAAUUGAAGUGCGUUUUCCAGAGACUAUACGGGCAGCAAAAGGCAUAUCCGUUUGGCUGGAAUGUUUUGCCCUUGGAAAUCCUGUUCCCAGCAUCACUUGGAAGAGACCUGAUGGUAACUCAUUAACCAGAAAAAUCAGCACAUAUAAAGGAAUCCUUGAGAUCCCAGAUUUUCAGGAGGAAGAUGAAGGUUUUUAUGAAUGUAUCGCAAGAAAUGCACAAGGAAGCAAUAUUGCAAGAGGCCAACUGUUUACAUAAGCUGUUCCAGAAUGGAACAAAAACAUUGAGAAUACACACCAGUCUCUUUAUGAAACUUUAGUUUGGGAAUGUGAAGCAACUGGCAAACCAAAACCUUCAUAUAAUUGGUUUAAAAAUGGUAAACCACUUACAUCAGAGGAAAGAAUUCAAAUUGAAAAUGGCACUCUUACUAUAAGUAUGCUGAACAUGUUGGAUUCUGGUCUCUAUCAGUGUGUUGCAGAAAACAAAUAUGAUUCCAUUUAUUCCAAUACUGAGCUAAGAGUCAUGGCUUCAGCUCCUGAUUUUUUUAAAUAUCCCAUGAAAAAAACAUCAGUCGUCCAUGUGAGAGGUGAAGUAACUAUUGGAUGCAAACCCAGUGCCUCUCCCAAGGCUGUUAUUAAUUGGGAAAAAGGCACUGAACCUCUACAGCAAGGUAAAAGAAUCUUUAACUUAGAAGAUAACAGUCUGAAGAUAUAUAAUAUUACCAAAUCUGAUGCAGGUGUAUACAGCUGCAUAGCAAUGAAUCAAUUUGGAGUUGCGAGAAAUUCAGGAAACCUGAUCGUGAAAGAAAAAACUGUCAUCAUUAACCCUCCUUGUGACAUUGAUGUUAUCGUUGGAGAAAGUGUAGUUCUGCCUUGCCAAGUAUCCAAAGAUCCAUCCAUUGAGGUUGUUUUCUCAUGGUCAUUCAAUGGAGAUCUGAUCAAUUUUAAAAGAAGAAUGACCCAUUUUGAAAGAGCUGGAGGUGAUUCUGUAGGGGAUCUUAUGAUAAGAAAUAUUCAGCUAAAUCAUGCUGGAAAAUACACAUGCACUGUGCAAACAUUGAUGGACACUCUAUCAGCAUCAGCAGAAAUAAUUGUAAGAGGCAUUCCUGGCCCACCAAAAGAGAUUACUAUUGAAUACGUAUCUAGCACAACUGCACUGCUGAACCGGAAAUCAGGAGCAGAAAACAACAGUCCUAUCCACACCUACACAGUUCAGACAAGGACCCCUUUUUCAGUUGGAUGGCAAGCUGUUCUAACAGUUCCUGAAGUCAUCAAUGGAAAGACCCACACAACUACAGUGGUUGAUCUAAAUCCCUGGGUUGAAUAUGAGUUUCGAGUUGUAGCUGCCAACAGUAUUAGAAUUGGGGAACCAAGUACACCAUCAGAGCUCCUAAGAACUAAAGCAUCCAUUCCCACAGUGGCACCCACAAAUGUGAGCGGGGGUGGAGGAAGCCGGUCUGAACUUGGCAUCAUGUGGGAGUCCAUUCCUGAAGAACUACAAAAUGGGGAAGGAUUUGGAUACCAUAUUAUGUUUCGGCCUCUUGGCUCCUUCAGCUGGACUAAAGCAGUGGUGACUUCAGUGGAGGCAUCGAAAUAUAUCUACAGAAAUGAAAACAUCCCAUCAUUAUUUCCCUUUGAAGUAAAAGUGGGUGUCUUUAAUCAUGAAGGAAUAGGCACCCUGAGCCCAGUAUUUCUUGUGUAUUCCGGAGAGGACAAGCCUCAGAUAGCACCAACUGGCAUUUCGGUAGAAAGCUUCUCAUCUUUUGAAAUGGAAGUCUCUUGGAACCCUCUUGUAUGGACCAGACAUACUGGAAGGAUUCUUGGCUAUGAGGUCUUAUAUUGGAUGGAUGAUUCCAAAGACUCGACAACUGGGAAAAUAAGAGUCAAUGGCAAUGUAACAGCAAAGAACAUUACCAGUCUUAAGGCCAAUACCAUGUACUUUGCCACAGUGAGGGCUUACAACACAGCUGGAACUCGUCCAUCCAGUGCUCUGGUAAAUGUAACUACAAAAAAACCACCGCCAAGUCAGCACCCAGCAAACAUAGUCUGGCGACUGACCAAUUCAAAAAUAUGCUUGAACUGGGACCACGUGAAAACAAUGGCAAAUGAGUCCGACGUCCUAGGCUAUAAAAUUUUGUAUAGGCAAAAUCGACAAAGUACCACUCAUAUCUUAAAGACAAACAUUACAUCCGCUGAACUGCUAGUACCGUUGGAAGAUGAUUACCUCAUUGAAAUAAAAACUGUAAGUGACGGGGGAGAUGGAAGCAGCAGUGAAGAAAUUCGAAUUCCAACACAAUCAAGUGAGUUCUCUCCCCCUUCUCCUCUGUCCCACUGUCCCUCCCUCCCAAAUAAUCACUAUAGUCCUUGA